CGGCGCUCUCGCUUAGCCAACUUUUCUGUGGGAUUUUGAUUUCAACUCUUAUUCCGCCGACCAGCAGCGUCAAUCCCAUCGACUCCCUCCACCAGACCGCGUGGUGUGAUAUAUUUGUCUGUCUUCGACCACUGCAAGAUAGACCUGAGUCGCAGCUAUGGCUGUUGGAAAGAACAAGCGCUUGUCCAAGGGCAAGAAGGGUAUCAAGAAGAGGACCGUUGAUCCUUUCUCCAGGAAGGAUGAGUACUCUGUGAAGGCACCCUCCACUUUCCAGAUCAGAGAUGUGGGAAAGACUCUGGUGAACCGCACCAGUGGUCUCAAAAAUGCAAACGACUCGCUCAAGGGCCGGAUUUUCGAGGUUUCCCUUGCCGACUUGCAGAACGACGAAGACCACGCUUUCCGUAAGGUUAAGCUUCGUGUAGACGAGAUCCAAGGAAAGAACUGUUUGACCAACUUCCACGGCCUCGACUUCACUACUGAUAAACUGCGAUCCCUGGUCCGUAAGUGGCAGUCGCUCAUCGAAGCCAACGUCACCGUGAAGACGACCGACGACUACCUCCUUCGUCUGUUUGCCAUCGCUUUCACCAAGAGGCGUCCCAACCAGAUCAAGAAGACCACAUACGCCCGCUCCUCUCAGAUCCGCGCCAUUCGCAAGAAGAUGACCGAGAUCAUGCAGCGGGAGGCCGCCAGCUGCACUCUCUCUCAACUCACCACGAAGCUUAUCCCUGAGGUUAUUGGCCGCGAGAUCGAGAAGGCGACGCAAGGAAUCUAUCCUCUUCAGAAUGUCCACAUCCGCAAGGUUAAGCUUCUCAAGGCCCCUAAGUUUGAUCUGGGCGCUUUGCUGAACCUACAUGGCGAAUCUACCACCGACGACAAGGGUCACAAGGUUGAGAGGGAGUUCAAGGAGCAGGUUCUUGAGAGCGUCUAGAUCUUCCGUUGAUCACUCUGGAAGUAAAUGCAAAAUCCUCUCUAGAAUCAAAACUGUCACUGCCUCUGGAUCGAAGAUAGAAGGAGGAGGGGGAAUAUUCCAACUUUGUCUCCGAUCAACGACAACGAAGGUCGUUCAUGUGUAAGGUAGGCGGCGUCGGUAAUUCAAAAAGACUAUGAAUUGAUUUCGUUAUGUGAAUGCAAACAAAUAAAACCGGCCCAGCUGUUGCAUAUUUCACUUGACCUAGCUGUCAAAUGCUGUAGUUUGAUAGUAUGUGUGCUACUCUAUGUGUGUACCCCCUUACAGGGAAGUUGUCUUGCCAUUUAAUGUGGUCUUUGUCAAGGCAUAUUCAACUGGUCACUGCCAUUAUCUAUGGCCUACUCAUUGAGUUUGAUAUCUUUAGGUGGCUAGUUGUAACAGACAUCUUAAAUACACUUCACUUAUAGUAUUUAUUGUUGUUUGGCUUUAUCAGGCGGAUGUAGGGAUGCUGAAUAUUGAUUCAACCAGCUGUAGGACCUACUUACUAUUGGGCUGUCAUUGGUUAAUACAUGGGUGGGUUGAAAAUCUGUCUUGAGGACUGAAAUUUAAGUGGUUUGGGUUAUAGUUAUGGUACCUGGUGUAACAGACUCAUGGUGCGAUGCCGGAC